AAUAUGAUUUCAACCAACCGAUAAGAUACAUGCAUCCUCUAUAAACAACAUCUACAGUCUCUUUCACACCCCAUCAGUAGUGAGUAGCAUUUUUCUUAGCGGUUUCGAAAAUGUCCGGUCCACCAAAUUUCGUUACCAUCUUUUUCCUUGUUGCAGCGGUGGUCUUUGUUGCAGAAGCACGAACUGCACCGCCGCAGAGGCCUCGUGCUUUUUUCGUCUUCGGCGAUUCUCUGGUCGACAACGGCAACAACAACUACUUGCUCACCACCGCACGAGCUGAUUUACCGCCGUAUGGAAUUGAUUCCGCUAGUCAUUCUCCGUCGGGCCGCUUUUCGAAUGGCCUUAACAUCCCUGAUCUCAUCAGUGAAAAGCUUGGGGCGCCGCCAACACUGCCGUACUUGAGCUCUGAGCUCAACGGAGGCAAUCUACUGACCGGCGCGAACUUCGCUUCUGCCGGUGUCGGAAUCCUCAACGACACCGGAUUUCAGUUCGUGAACAUAAUAAGGAUCGGGCAACAGUUGUAUUAUUUCGAAGAGUAUCAGAGGAGACUGAUCAGUUUCAUCGGAAUCAAAGAGGCGAGGAAGCUGGUAAACAAUGCUCUGGUUUUGAUCACUCUGGGUGGAAAUGAUUUCGUCAACAACUAUUUCCUGGCCCCUAUUACUCCAAGAAGGAUUCAGUUUAAUAUUCAAGAUUACACCACCUUUCUCAUUGCAGAGUACAAGAAGAUACUUCAGAGGUUGUAUGAGUUGGGGGCUCGGAGGGUUCUGGUGACGGGGACGGGACCGCUAGGCUGUGUUCCGGGGGAGAUGGCGUUUAGGAGCCUAAAUGGGGACUGUGCUGCUGAGCCCCAGCUAGCCGCAUCACUGUACAAUCCCAAGCUUGUUCAGAUGAUUAAAGAUCUCAACGCAGAGUUGAAAACGGAUUGCUUUGUUGCUGUGAAUGCCCUUGACAUGCAAAAUGACUUCAUCAACAAACCUACAGCCUUUGGUUUCACGACAUCAAGGGUGGCAUGCUGUGGACAAGGCCCAUACAAUGGAGUUGGGCUGUGCACAAGAUUUUCAUUUCUGUGUCCAGACAGAGAGCACUAUGUGUUCUGGGAUGCGUAUCACCCAACAGAGCGGGCCAACAGGAUGAUUGUGGAAACCAUUUACAAUGGAUCCGAAAAGUACAUGCACCCAAUGAACCUCCAAACCAUCAUGAAAAUGGGACCCUUAUAUUGAACACCACAUUUCUGCAUAAAUGCAAUGCAAUGCAACUUUUAUUUUAAAUA